AUGCCUAACGUAAGCGCCCUCAAGGAAGAGGUCUCCAACCACGGGAGGGUGGUGGUGGCCAAGGCCUACGCUGACUGGGUUACCAGGUCUCCUGAACUGAAAGGGGCCAGCCAAUUUAUCAACGAUCCUCCCGCACUUUACGCCGCCGGCAUUGAGCCGGUGUAUGUUCCCACCCGCCUGCCCCUCGGCAGUCCCUCUGCCCUGAACUACCGGACCACCCGGGUCAAGAACAGUGUGGACGUCAAGAUGACGGCGGAGUGCAUUGAGUGCGCCCAUUCUUACCCCAACAUCGGCACCUACGUGCUGGUUUCAGGCGACUCCGACUUUAUCCAUGUUAUUAACUCGCUUCGGGCCAUCGGCAAGCGAGUCAUAAUCAUCGGCGUUUCAUGGAGCACCUCCCGCCGCCUGGCCGACCAGGUGGACGGGCUGAUUCUAUACGACUUCGACGUGGAUCCGGAAGUUCAGCCCGAACCGGUGCCGGUGCCCGCCCCCGCCACUCGUUCUUCCCGCUCGGCAAACACGAAUCGACAGCAGAUCUCCGACGUAAUGCGGACCAUCGAAGACAUUGUGCGUUCGGAGCGUCAGGCCGGCCGGACUCCACUGCUGACCUCUCUCAAGCAGCGGAUUAUGCGCCGGAUCCCCGGAUUUGACGAGAAGAAACUGGGCUUUUCUGGUUUCAAGAAGCUUAUGCUUCGCACUGCCGAGGAAGGAACCAUUAGGCUGGUUACGGUGGGGCUUGUGGACUGGGUAAUAAUGGCCGACGAGCCAACGCCGGUAGAGGCGCUGCCCGAUUCCCAAGUUGGCAACAGUUCCAUUGAAUCAGUUGCAGCAGCUGAAGAGGUAAUUCCCGCCGCCGAAUCUGAAACCGAAGUCGUCACGGCGUCGGAUACCCAGCCCUCAGCGACUGAGGACGAGUCAGAAAAAGCCGAAACCGACGCACAAGUGGCUUCCCAGGAUGAGGAUCUUCAACCGGCGCUGGCAGCGGAAAGCGCAACUGCCGACCAGACGACCCUAACCAUGGACCAUGCCUCCGGCCAAACCGAUUCCGUACUAAACGAAACCACGCAAGAAUCUGAAGCCUUUAGUGAUGCCGCGGAGUCGGGGAUUGAAGUGGAGGCGGAACCUCCGGCGCUCAGCCCUGAACUGGAACGGGCAUUGGAAGAUACCCUUGCCCAGCUGGAACUGCCCAAGGGUCCUGGCGACGGUCAAGACGGUCGUCGUAUAUCUGACUUGGUGAUCAUGGCAGAUACCCUGGAACAUCAGGAGGGAAUUAGCCACGUAGCUUUUAACUUCCUGCUUUCAGAAAUCUGCAGCGCCUUGCAGCAGGGCCUCGAGGCCGAUCACCCCGAGAUUACCGGUCGCUGGGGCGGCCGCAUCUACUCUCGCACUUACGUGACCCGCCUGCUGAGGGGCUUGGGUGAUAAGGAUGUAUUCGUGCGGGACUGGCACCAGGAAAAGAGCGAAGAGACCGGGCGCAGCAGGCGCUUCCGGACCUUCAACCUCAACCGCUCCCAUCCCCUGGUGAAAGAGGCCGUCGUAAGUCAGUGGGGUCCGGAAGCGGCCACUGUCCCCUCCGAGGCCGAAUCCUCACCUGAUGAGAGCAGCACAAUUUCCGAAUCCGCGGUGCCUGAUAUGGUGGUUGCGGCGUCGGCUAUUGUAGCAACGUCAGUGGAAGUGGCUGAACCAUCGGUAAACGGCCACGACACCGAAUCCGCGGAAACAGCGGAAACCCCUGAACCCGCCAACGCUCCCAAAAAGAAAGCAAGAAGGGCCCCCACCAGGAGGAAGCGGCCAACCGCCUCCGAGCCGGUGCCGGCCACGGAUGGCUAG